UUGUUUUUAAUAGGUUAAAAUGUGUUUAUCAGUAGUAUACAUAAACCUAUAUACUUUAAAUAAAUUUGAGUUAAACACUAGAUUGUAAGGCAUCGUGUGUGUGCUCAAAUUCAGUUUUUAAAAGGACUGUGGAUUUCAUUAGCUAGUUUGCUAAUGGGCCCUUUUCACAUGUGCGGAAUGCGGAAGUCGUCAUAGUUGGAUAAAUGGUGAAUGGAAGACCACAGCAAAUACAUUUUUUAGGUCCAUGAUUUGUUUAAAGGCUGCCACAAAAACUAACUGUUUUGAGAUGAAGCCAAAACCAUUUUUAUUCAGCUGCAUUGUUUUCCAUUAUGAUGAGUGAGUGGUGUCCCGUGGCGAAGGUUUAUGACCCUCUAAGAGCAGGCAGUAUCGAUGGCACAGAUGUGGAUCCCCACGACAAAGGCAUCUGGAGGGCGAUGCUGGCCCGCUACAAGCCUAACAAGGGUGUGACAGGUGACCCUCACCUGACCCUGUUUGUUGCACGCCUGAAUCCGCAGACAUCUGAGGAAAAGCUCCAGGAAGUCUUCUCAAAGUUUGGAGACAUCCGCCGGGUUCGACUGGUCCGAGACAUCAUCACUGGUUACUCCAAAUGCUACGGUUUCAUUGAGUACAAGGAGGAACGUUCUGUGAACAGAGCAUGGAGAGAUGCCAACAAGCUGAUUGUGGACCAGUAUGAGCUCUUUGUGGACUUCGAGCAAGAACGUACACUGCAGGGCUGGAUGCCACGCCGGCUAGGAGGGGGCCAAGGUGGCAAAAAGGAAUCCGGUCAGCUGAGGUUUGGCGGCAGGGAUAGACCCUUCCGCAAGCCCAUCAAUCUGACAUCCAUGAUGCCCCCAAGCAGAUCAGUGGAUCGUUGGGAAGGAACCAGCAUGAGAGAUGAGAGGCAAAGAGACCAGGAACAAGAUAGAGAACACGGACGAUGGCGAGAAAGGAAAAAUGACUGGGACAGAGGGAAUGAUCGGAAUGAAAGAGGUCACUAUAAAGAGAAAAGAGACUCUAAACGUCACCGGGAGCGAAGCAGAGAGAGAGAUUCAAACAGAGAUGACAAAAGGCGAAGAGACUUGCAUACAGACAGAGAAUAAAACUAGACACAUUUAUACCUUUUCUUUAUACCAUUAUUUUCAGUAUCUCUGUUCUCACUUUGUAAAUUAAGCUUGAAUGCAGUUCAUACAAACAUGAAAAUUCUGGCAUUUACUGACCCUUUACAGGGUUGAACAACAACAACAGGGUGAGUAAAUAAUGACAGAAUUGUAAUGUUCGGGUGAACUAUCCUUUACAUUUUAAUUGAAUUUGUAUUAAGCACCAAUACAUUAAUGUCAAAUGAAUAAAGUAAAUGAAGACUCUCUAUUGGG